AUGUCUGACUACAACAACCAGAACCAGGGCUACGGCAACCAGGGCUACAACAACCAGGGCUACGGCAACCAGGGCAACCAGGGCUACGGACAACCAGGGGCCAACCAGGGCUACCGCCAGGACGAGGGCUACAACCAGGACGACAACGAGGACGGCCAGCGCGGAUUCUUCGGCAACGUCGCUGAGAAGACUAACGACUUCUUCCACAAGGAGGACGAGACCUACAAGAUCGACAAGUCGAACGUCCUCCUGGCUGGUCUGGCCAAGGGCUACGACAAGUACGAGGAUAAGAAGAGGCAGGAGGAGCUCAACCAGGCCCAGUCCUCGUACGGCGCCAACCGCCCGCAGGAGUCGCACCGCUACGACUAA